ACACUUUCUCUACCUGAAUUAGCAAGAAGAGGAUUAAAAAAAAGUCAAUAAAAUGGCCUGCAAAAUACUUUUAGCCAUGGUUCUGGUAAUCUCAAUCUGCAGUGGAGCCAUGGCUCAAUCAGGGUGCAUGAACGCCCUCAUGGGCAUGUCUUCUUGCCUUAACUACAUUACAGGAAAUACAUCCACUCCUUCGUCUUCAUGUUGCUCGCAGCUUGGAAGUGUCGUUCAAUCUCAGCCGCAAUGCCUUUGCCAAGUUUUGAACGGGAAUGGUAUUAAUCUUGGCAUCAGUAUUAACCGCACAUUGGCUGUAACUCUUCCUGGUGCUUGUAAUGUUCAGACUCCACCUGUCAGCCAAUGCAAUGCUGCAAACGGGCCAACUUCAACAUCUACACCUAGCCCAGCUGCUUCGCCUGCAGGUUCUACAUCCGAACCAGAUAUAUUACCAGAAAGCCCAACUGAGUCUGAUACUCCAUCAGGAUCAGGUUCUAAGACAGAUGGCUCGACACCUAAUGGAAGUCAAUCACAAGCACCUCUUCAUCUCAUGGCGUUUGUUCUGUUUGUGGUGACAUGGGCCUCGACUGCUGCUACUUUCUAAAUUUUACCAAAAGUAUUCUUUCUUCUUCCAAGUGCUAUAAAAAUUUGAGUUUUUAUUUAUGUUGAAGAUGGAUCUGUUUUAUAGAAGGGAGCGAUUUGCUAUUUUUAUGUAAAGAGAUUUUGUGAUUGUAAUAUUGGUUUUUCAUCAUCAAAUCAAACAAGUCACUAUUUGACAUGACUAAA